CACCGACAUCCAGAACAUCGCAGCACCGCAGAAAUGGAGCACAGCCGCGGUGUAUGAGGGUUUAUGCGGCUCAUACUCGCGUUAUUAGCUGCUGGGUUCGGAAAUUAACCUGAUCGCUUUUAUCAUAUGUGCAGCAGUAUUUCCAAAGCGGAUCCUCUUCCAGCGCUUUUUCGGAGCUCCAGUUUAACGGGAUUCACAGAAUAUCACUAUACUGUAUUUCUGCAAUGAACACCACCGCGUGACAGAAAAACAGAGGGAUAUUUUAAGGAAUAACUGGCAUGGAAUAACAGGAAUCAGACGCAUUUAUUCAGGUGUGUGUGUCAGCGUUCAGGAUGCCGCUGGUCAAGCGCAGUAUUGAGCCUCGUCAUCUGUGCCACACGGCUCUUCCCCACAGCAUUAAGAAUGAACUGGAGUGUGUGACCAACAUCUCUCUGGCCAACGUCAUCCGGCAGCUCAGCAGCCUCAGUAAAUAUGCGGAGGAUUUGUUCGGCGAGCUCUUUAAUGAAGCUCAUUCGUUCUCGUUUCGAGUGAAUUCACUGCAGGAGAGAGUCGACCGUCUGUCAGUCAGCGUCACUCAACUAGACCCCAAAGAGGAGGAGUUGUCUCUUCAGGACAUCACCAUGAGGAAGGCUUUCCGCAGCUCCACCAUCCAGGACCAGCAGUUGUUUGAGCGUCAGUCUCUCCCCGUCCCCAUGCAGGAGACGUAUGAGCUGUGUGAACAGCCCCCACCGCUGAACAUCCUGACGCCCUACAGGGAUGAUGGGAAGGAGGGUCUGAAGUUCUACACAAACCCGUCAUAUUUCUUCGACCUCUGGAGAGAGAAGAUGCUGCAGGACACUGAAGACAAGAGGAAGGAGAGGCGGAAACAGAAGUUGCAGGAUCCGCACAUGUACGAUCAGGUCUAUAAAUAUCUAGACCUCCCAGUGCAGCUGAAGAACAUCGACCGUCCUCAGGAUGUGGAUAAGGUUCCUCGAGCUCCUCACGACCGCAAGAAGGAGUGGCAGAAGAUGGCGUUAGGAGCUGAACUGGCGGACGAUGAACCCGAAAACACACACAGAGACGCCAACGGAUCCACCGCACACACUGACAACAGGCAAAUGUACAUUGAUCAUCAUCUGGACGGGCCGUUCUCUCUGGCCGCGCUGCCGUACUCUCAGAUGAACGAACUGCUGAACCGCAGUGGAGAGAGAAACUACGGCCGACCGCACGAACCUCCACCACCCCCACCCUCACACCAGCCUGACCUCAAACCAGCCUCCGUCAUCAGCUCCAGCUCAGGUUUCUCCGACAGCGUCACUCAGUCUCCUGCUCGCACACCUGUCUUCCUCAACCCCAAUGCUCCGCCCCCAGCCCCGCCCCCUUUACCCCCUCCUCCUCCUCCUUUGCCAGGCAGCGUAUCAGGUUCAAGGAUGCGAGGUUCAGGCCCGCCUCCAAUCCCUCCUUUACCUUCCCAGCAGCCCCCAGCCAUCCCCCCUCCCCCUGCCCCACUCCAGAUCGCCCCAGGCGUCCUACACCCUGCCCCCCCUCCGGUGGCCCCGCCUCUUCACUCAUCUCCCGCCAAGGCUCUGCCCACAGAUGGAACGGUUUUACCGCCUCCUCCUCCUCCCCCUCCUUUGCCCCUCCCAGGAAACCGAAGCUCCUCCCCUUGCACAUCCUCAGCCCCGCCUUCCAUGCCUUCCUUUCCAUCGGGAGCAGUUUCGUCUCCGCCCACCCACUCGGGUCACGAGGUCAAGCGGUAUCCAGCCAACCUGCCGCCAAUCAGCGACGCCCGCAGCGUCCUACUGGAGGCCAUACGUAAAGGGAUCCAGCUUCGGAAGGUGGAGGAGCAGCGCGAGCAGGAGGCGAAACACGAGCGUGUGGGAAAUGACGUGGCCACGAUUCUGUCUCGACGCAUCGCAGUGGAAUACAGCGACUCUGAGGAUGAGUCUGAGUUUGACGAGAUCGACUGGAUGGAGUGAACACACACAUAUACACAUACACACACACACAUACAUACACACGCAUACACACGCAUACAUAUAUAUACACACACUCACACAUACAUUCACACAACUCCCAUCAUGCUUUGCUCUCAUGUUUCUAAACACACCUUCUGCAUCUGAAGGUUUCUUUAAUCUGUUGGUGUGUGUUUAAUGGAGCUCUGGGUUCCUCCGGAUCAGAACGUGACGGCGUUUAUUAUUCUUUACAUAUCAUCAAACUGUUCUUCCAUGUCAAAGAUGUGAAGUGUGUGUGUGUGUGUGUGUGUGUGUGUGUGUGUGUGUGUGUGUAUGUGUGUGUUUAUGAAGGAGAAAUGAAGAGAAUCUCUCGUUCAGGUCAGAAUUUACACGACAGGCAAAUAAAGACAGAAGUAAAUCACAUUAAACUGAUAAUUCACACUUUCGAGAAUUCUGUAAAAUGUCAUGAAAUUAAAGUCAGAAUUUAUAUUGUACAAAAUAUUAAAGAUUAUUUAUGGGCUUUGUUUUUUUGGAGGGCGCAACGUGUGAUGUGGCAUUUUCAUUUCAAUAAAAUUCAUCAGUUUUUGUUCAGAUUUUAUUCCACGCUCAAAAUAAUCUCUUUUUUUUUAUUGUGUUUUUUAUUCGUUUAAUUUUAUUUCACAAAAAUAAUAUUUGUAAAUAUUUUGACUAAAAUAAUAAUUAUUAGAUGUUUGUUACUAUUAUUAAUAUUAUU